GUGAGAAGAGAGGGUGUUGAGGAUAGAAUUUCUGUUCCUCAAGCUAUGGGUGAUGCUGGGGGAUUGAGUGAUCAAGGAACUUUACAUCUUGCUGGUCAAGUAGGAAAAGAACACCAACCACUUCCUGAUGCUUCAACUACAAGACCCAAUCCUGCUGACAGUCUAACAGUGCAGGGUCACAAUCACGAUAGAGGGCAGACUCAAGAGCAAUCACAUCAAGGAGGAACGAAUGCUUUAUCACCAAUAAAAGAUGGACAACCUUCUCUACACAAUGGAAACGCAGAAGAGAAAUCACAAGAGAAUUCGGAGGAGCAGCACACUCUGCAAUCUAAAGGUAGUCCCAAUGAGAACUCUGAUGCUCCACAGAGAUCUGGUCCCCAGGUGCAGGAACCAUCGUCUGCAGGAACACAAGAUGCCAACGACAAUAAGAAUAAUACAGAAAACCAGAAUGUAUCAAGUGGAAGUACAAGUACGAAUGAUGCUGCACCAACACAAUCUUCUUUACCAACAUCUACUGAAACCCAUGCUACACUUUCACCACAGGAAACUGAGGGGAAUAAUGAAUCUGAUCAUAAAAACGCUGAGAAUGGCACUGCACCUGAGAAUGGCACUACACCCAAUACUAAUGAGGAAUCAACCUCAACCACCACCACUACAACCACCACCACAACAACAACACUUCCUCCUGAACUCACAAACAACAAGAAGGGUGAUGCAGACAGCAGCAGCAGUAUGAGCAGU